AUGAAAAUCGGCAAAGUAUUAGAAUUUAUUCACAACAACUGCCCUGAAGCUUGUCCAUUAAAUUUAAGGACAUAUGUAAGCAGGGUAAGGGUAAGUGCUCUGAAACUACGUACGAAGGAUAAGAAGGAGCUCUUCAAACAGCUCGAUGAGUUGAAAAAACAGGAAUUGACCAAAACCCUUCGGGUUGCUAAAGUAACAGGAGGAGUCGCAUCUAAAUUAUCGAAAAUACGUGUGGUAAGGAAAGCUAUUGCACGUGUUUACAUUGUUUACCACCAAACAAUGAAAGUAAACUUGAGGAAUCACUACAAGAACAAGAAGUACAAGCCCCUCGACUUAAGGCCCAAAAAGACCCGUGCUAUGCGCAAGGCCCUCACCAAACAUGAAGCCAAAGAUAAAAAACCCAGAAGGAGAUCAGAAAGAAAGUCCUUGUUUCCCUCCUAG